AUGCCAUCUAGCUGGGAGAGCAACAGAAAAGGUGCAGCAGGCAGCGUGGGGGAGGCUGUACAGGGGGAUGGAACAGGAACAGGAGGAGGAGCAGGGGGUGUUGGAGGAGGAGGUAUCGAAGCAGGAGUGGGAGGGUGGGCGUGGCUGCGGCGUGCAGGAGCGCUGGCGGGCGCGGGCACCCUGUGUAAAGAGCACGCCCUCACCGCCCUGCUGGUCUGCGCCUCGUGGGACGUAAUCCGCCACAGGAAACAUAUCCGCAGAUUACUCCAGGGGCGGGCUGGCGACAGCAGCAGCAGCAGGACUCUGGCAGCCCUCUUCAGAAGACUCUUCUGGUUAAGCCUUAUAGGGGCGGCCAUCUUGCUGUUCCGUCUAUGGAUGCUGCGAGGGACGUCACCUGUCUUCAGCGACCAAGACAACCCAGCCUCCUUCGCCCCUUCCCGUCUAACACGGGUGCUGACCUUCUGGUAUCUGCCGGUGUUCAACGCCUGGCUGCUGUUGUGCCCGUGGACGCUGGCGCACGACUGGCAGAUGGGCUCCAUCCCGCUCAUCACCUCCAUCAUAGACACCAGAAACAUCGCUUCUCUUUUGUUCUACGGCGCCCUUGUACUUAUACUCAGAGCUGGAUGCUUGAUGAAGGGCCAGGAGGGGCGGGCGUUGCUGCUGGGGCUGGCGCUGCUGGUGCUGCCAUUCCUCCCGGCCACCAACCUCCUCUUUACCGUCGGCUUCGUCAUCGCCGAGAGGAUACUCUACAUCCCUAGCCUGGGCUACGCGAUGCUGGUGGGCGUGGCCCUCUCGCGGGCGGGACGGCUGAGGGCGCCCUGCCUCCUGCUGCUCCUCGUCGCCGCCUCCUGCAGGACGCUACAGAGGAACCGGGACUGGGAAUCCAGGGAGACGCUCUUCUUGGCGGGCCUGAGGACGCUGCCCCACAACGCCAAAAUGCACUACAACUUCGCCAACCUGCAGAAGGACCUGGGUAACGCCGACCUCGCCAAGCUCCACUACAUAUACGCCAUCAG